AUGAUUGCGAGCCCGUUGCCGCUGGAGGAGUUGAUGGGUAUUCUCAUCAUGAGUCUGUGGGCAUGUUCGCCAUCGAGCCCCGAGUAUGUCGACAGUUGGCUGUUGAGUGGGCAUUGCGCUCAGCAGGCGAUGCUGAGCAUCAACUUCUCAGAAAUUCUGAUGAGAACAAAGGCGAGGACUUCGACAGAGGAUGACCAGAGAGUCGUACGACUUUGGGCCAAUACAUGCCUAGUUAACCUUCAUUGGGCGGCUACUACAGGUAGGCCAGCGACCGUGCCUUCUGCGUACUUGGCACAAUGCAAGCUCCUCCUCAACUUUGAAGAGGUGACCAUGCGCGACGCCAUGAUGUAUGCGGAGAUCACAUUGUACCUUAUCCUGCAGGACAAAUUUUCGCAGCGCUCGUACCUCGGUGCCGACGGGGAAUGUGAAGAACUUGCGGCGUGGAAAUUGAGGUGGAACUAUUUGUUUGAACUACCCGCGGCCUCGACAUUGAGGAUAAGCCAUUCCAUCGCGUGGCUAAUUCUCGCCCGACGCUCACUUGAGCACGACCAGGCCUCUUCGGACGACGACUCCCUGUCAAGCUCGCCAAGGUUACAGCCAGCUGAUGCCGUGCGUCAGGAGCCGCCUGCUCAUCAGAACCCAGAGCUCCACGACUUGGCGCAUGCUCGGGUAUGCGGCUUCGCGACAGAGGUGGUGAGGGCGUUCGUGGAGAUGCCAUCCACUCGGGCAGAGGAGCUGCCUGAGUUCCAUCGGCUCUGUGUCGCGUACGCCAUGCUGAUUAUCUCCAAAUAUGAGCAAAAGCCGCCUUAUGGCGGCGUAGACAGUGGCAAUAACGGCGGCAGCCAUGAAGUGCUGCAAUUGCUGAAGGCGGCGCAGAAGCAGAAUUCAGUGUGGUCGGCCAGCUCGCCGUCUGCGAUUCAAUUCGGGUUGGAGAGAGCUUUGAAGAAGGUCACCGCGCGGGUCGAGGGGACGGGCGGUCCGAAUGUAGCAAGCGUGGCGGCGGCGGCGGCUACGCCCACAACAGCCAUCGUCACGGACAACCGCGCGCCGCACAGGAUCGCCAUGGCGUCGCCGAGCAGCCUUAGGGAGCAACAGGUAGCUGCUGGUGGAUCAUCCAUCCUCGUUCAGUGGCACGACAAUGGUGCCGGAAUUCGAUGGGUCAUUCUCUUUGGAGAUGAUUGA